GGACUGAGGACCAGGGCGACAUACAGGGAGACCCAAACUGAAUGAAUGAAUAAAGGAAAAUCGCUGGAUUCUUGCUUUGCAAUCCAAGAAGUUACGCGUCGAAAAGAGGCACGCGAUGCUGUAAGCUCUUGGCCAAACCCUGUGGAUCGAUGGCGGAUCACAUCCUAAUCCUAAUCCUAGAAGACAGACUGAGCAGAGAGAGAUGAAAGUGGAAGACUAGGGGCCGAGAGUUCACUGGAGGAGACGAAAUGGCACCAGCAAGGGAGAAAGGUACAGCUGUCGACUUGUUCGGAACCUUCAUCAACAACAGCCGUGGCGAGGCCAUGCGACCUCCAUCCUCGUAGUCUGGGUUAGGUGGAGUCUCAAUUGCGCACUACAUAUUCAACACUCACAAAAGUCGUCACAUUAUACAUCAUACAACAGAAGAGCAAUCGGCGAUCUUUGUCUUUCAGAGAUACAACAACAGUCACAAUGUUCAAAACCGCAACUGCGAAGGGCGGCAGGAAAUAUGAGACCGCUAAUCGAGGAGAGGAAGAAAGACGGGAGGAAGGCAGCGAAGUAAGGGCGCAAGUUAAGAUGUGGAAGCUGCAGUUUAGUAGGUAGUACUUAGUUUUUUUUUGAGUACAACGAACUAGAAACUCGCGGUAUGAUUGGGGACGAACGCUUUUUAUUUUGAGUACAACUAGUGUUGGUCAAUGGUCAUUACUGGCUCAAGAUCCAAUGAAUGAACCUGAUUUCAAUGCCAAAUGACUGCUCUCACUCGUCACCUUGAUCAUGAUCAAUGCCGUUCCUUGUCUUGAACUCUUGUUAGUUCCUCCUAUGAUCAUCGUUUGAACUCAAUGAAUUCCAACAUGAAUUAGCAGCAAGAUCUCCCAGAUCUUUAACUGCACUAUGACCCUUCAUGAUAUCCCAAUGACAUUGAACCCAUUUUGAUACCAUUUCAGGGCCUUAAACAGUCAGUGAUCAUUCGGCACGUCCGUUCUGAUCGUCUUUCUGUUACAUUGCAACGAUAAUCAUUCCAUUUACUCUCAAGAGCCUCAUAUUGCGCUUGGACGUGUUCGGGUGUUCCAACACUGUUUCAAGCCCUUGAGCCUUACCUUAUUAAAGAAAUUGCUAGUCAAUACUUUGUAGAAGUAGAGAAAACAAAGUCGCAUUAUUUGCGCCACAAAAUGCCCGAUAUGAGUCUUGGAGAGAUUUCACCCAAACUGGGACAGAAAUCUGACUGGCGUGACUGGCUUCGAGCGGUAACGCAAGAAGCGGACCGCCUGGACCUAGUCCAAUACUUCAACAACGUGCUGAACGGCAAUGCGGCAGGGAUUCCGAACCAACCCAACAACAACGACCGCAAGCUCCAGCAGAAUUGGCGAGAUUUGAAGAACGUGAUCAUCAAGUCGCUCAAAGGUGCAGCCGCAGCACAUAUGAAGGAUCAGGAUACCACUGUAAUGAACGCUGGUGAAGUGGUAACAAACCUCCGUGACGCUGGUUUCAGUCAAAAUGACCGCACAGAGCAGCGAAUCUCUGCUAAAGCGUUGGAAGGGAUGCAUUUCACGAACAGUGAUUCUCCUCCAGACGUUCCAACAUUCUUGGCGAAGGUUAGAGAUGUCAUGAACCAAUCUCCGACCGUAUACCCGCCGGAAGUUGGUGUGGCUGUUGCUGAUCAACAAAACGGAGCAAUCCUCGACAUUCUGCCAAAAAUGUUUUCCAAAGCAUUUCGACAGACAAUCGAGAGGAUGCAAGAAGAUGAACAUCUAACGUUCGUCCAAAUCGGUGACAGACUCACGAAACGGCUUCAAAGUUUGAUUGACUCUGGUGAGUACAAGAUCGAGAAUCCAUCUUUCGGCAAAGCUUUUCCAGCUGUCGAAGAUUCCGAUGAUGAAAACCAGAACAAUAACAAAACCAAGAAGCGUAAACGUCAAGAUGAGAGUGAUGACGAUGGUAACGCGUUUGCCGCUCUCAAGAAAACAACGAUCAAACGACUUCGCAAGAAGAUUCGCAAAGAAAUCAAGAACGAGGUCUACGCAACAAAAGGAAGUGGAAAGAGUAGUAGUAGUAGUUCUAGUAGUAAGAAGAACAAAGGAAAUGGCAAAGGUAAAGGUGCUAAGAACUCAAAUCCUAAUGAGGGCAUCCAGUGCAACUAUUGUCACAAAUAUGGACAUAAGGCGCACAAAUGCUGGCUAAACCCGAUGAGUCAAAGCUACCAACCUAACAAAGCCAUGGGCAGCAACUUCUUCAACAAUUCAUACAACUGUUGGCCGCAAGGUAACACUAUCCCUCCGUGGCACCAGAACAACUAUCCACCGCAACAAAGUGGAGGAAAAGGAUUCGACAACGGUAACCCACAGCAGCAAUGGGGUGGACAACAACCACAACGCUGAGUCGAAACCAAUCCGGAAUGGAAUGGAUAUGGGAGACGAGAUGGACAGUCCCAAGAUGAAGAAGAAUUGGAAGAAGAUUUCCAAAAUGAGGAUGGAAAAUGUUCGCUGAACUUGGAAGAAAACUUUGAGAAUAAAGAAUAUAGAAGUGAACUGCUUAGGGAUGAAAGCUAUAUGAUUGACAAUCACUCAGGUUGCUAUCUUAGUGCAAAUCAAAGCAAAACAGUUUCACUUGUUGACAGUUGUGCAAAUAAGUAUUUGUCUAGCCAUCGUUCCGAUUUCAAGAAAAUUAGCCACCGGCUUUGUCAUAUUAGUGGCACUGCUGGAAAGCGAAGUGGGAACCUAGGUAGACUAAAAGAAAACAAACUAGGAUUAAAAUAUGGCGUACACUUUGAACACUUACCAAAAGCCAUAGAUCGCAUUAUACCGUGGUUAGGUGAAGGAAACUGUCAUGAAAAGGGUUGGCAAAUGAAUUUCACAGAAAGUGGCGGAACGUUGUACAAUACUCGCUCCGGCCGCUCUCUACCCAUAACAAAUUGCCCCCAGAUGCAGUUACCUAUUCUAGGCUGUGACAUGUUUAGCAAAGAAGAAAAUGAAACUGAGGAGGAUAUAGUAUGCACUAGUAUAGAAGAAGCUAGACUUCAUUCACAAGCUUCAAGAUUAGACAUACAUCGUAGACUUGGUCACUUUCACGUUGAUGGCCUUAGUGUAUCUUGUCCAGAAUGUGAUCGAACCAAAGGUCAAAGACGCUCUCAUGCAAAAGUGAGACCCCCUGGACAUAUACCUUCUCCAUUGAAAACACUUGCAAUUGAUUUCGCAGUUGGUAUUAGACCAGUAUCUAUAAGAAGCAAAAGAUGUGCUUUAGUCAUUAUUUGUGAUUCGAUUAAAAUGUGUUUCGUUCGUCCUCUUUGCCUCAAGUCGGACUGCGUAGAGGUGAUUGAAGAAGUAAUAAAAGGCAUUCGCCAGGACUACUCAUUGUCACUCGACGACAAGGUGGUGUGGUUCAUCCGUAGAGAUAACGAACCCGUCCUAAGUAGUGACCAUAUGACCAAAGUCAUGCAAUCGCUACUGGUUUCGGAAAUUCCUGGAGUUCCUUACAACCCAGAAAUGAACGGAACUUGCGAACGUUUCAUGCGGACCAUUUUCGGUGCUGUACGUACCAUGUUGGUCAAAGUCGACCGACGUCUUUGGUGUUACUGCUUACAGUAUGCCGGAGAUUGUUGGAAUCGCUUACCGCAUCGUUAUGCAAAAAUGCCAGAACGUGAUGGAAUGAGUCCUGUCGAGAUACUAGAAAAGAGGAUAGGAAAGAAGUCCUCGAAAAGUGGUCUAGGUAUGUUAAGAAGAUUUGGUUGCUUGGUGUACUUUCGUGAACAGGUCGUAGACACCACCAACAAGAAAGAAGCAAAGCUUGCGUCACCUUAUCGGCGUGGUGUGUUUCUCGGUCUGUGUCCAGUUUCGUCUGGUUGGCUAGUAGGUACAUAUCACAACGAUGGGAGAACGAAAGCUGGCUUCAAGUGGAGUGAGUAUUCCACACUAGACGUAAAAUUUCGAGAGUCGAUAUUAGUCAAGAACAUUGAUUGGCUAUUGCCUACGUCGAAGGGCAUUUAUGUUGAUUAUGACCCGCUGGAAAACCUGCAGUCUGGCACGCCGUCGCUGGGUCCCGUCCUGCACAGACAUGCGCUGCAACGUAUGGCCUGUCAGCCGCGCUUCUCUGGCACGGAGUACAGCUCAGGCGAUCCAACCGGCAUGGAAAUGAUACUAGAUAACAAUGACAUUGGUGAGUUUUUCUGUGAAUCUUUGGACAAAGAGGAAGAUCCAAAGACCGGUGAUGAUUCCAACUCUGACGCGCAACGCGUUGAGGAGGGGAAUAUCUCAUCGGAGCGUGUGUCGCCUGACUCUAAUCCUGAAGCAAGGGAUCCGAGGACCUUACCCAUUCCACCAUCUCAACCAGGCAAAGUUGAGGAGGGGAAGAAAGGCCGAGGAAGACCUAAAGGGAGCAAGGAUAAGAAUCCAGGACAACGCAAAAGAAGAACAAAAGCCGAGCUAGAAGCAUUAAGAAAAGACAUGCAUAAAUUUGCCAUGCUAGCAGGCGGGCAUGAGCUGGAAGAAGGGGAGACCUUUCUCGAAGCACAUGUCAUGCUGUCAGUUUCCCAAGCCUUGAAAAGCCCUGACGCCGAGAAAUGGCGUGCAGCUAUCACCAAGGAGGAAGCUAGACUACUUGCCUUUGAGACUUGGGCGCCAGCUACUGACGAGGAGCUGCGAACCUCUUCUCAGGUAAUGCCUAUAGCAAUCGUUCUCACGGUAAAACGUGAUGGAACUUUCAAAGCUCGUGCUUGUGUGCUCGGGAAUCUUGAUCGUUCGGGGAAUAUCGACACCUACGCCCCUGUAGUGUCACAUGCUGCGAAUAGACUUUUACUCGUUUCAGCAGCGACGGACUCUGACUUCGUCAUCCCAUUCGACCUUGAUUCUGCGUUCCUUAAUGCUGAACUCGAUCGUGACGUCUUCUGCCGUCUUCCACCAGUGUGGGCGGAGAAGCAUGGAGCGGAUAUCGUCAAGCUUAAGAAAGCUCUCUAUGGGCUCAAGGACGCUCCACGAGCCUGGUUCAAGAAGUAUUGCGUGCUAUUGUCCGAACUCGGAUGGGAGCCGUGUCCUUCUGCUCCAGGAUUGUGGCGGAAAAAGAGCAAAACGCACCCAGGAAAGUAUAUGAAGAUGUCAGUCUAUGUUGAUGAUAACUUAGCUACUGGACCUGACUAUCACGAGUUACGGUCUGAGCUCGACCGGAUCUUUAGUCGCGCCCCUGGCCGACCUAUUGAGAUGGCAAAGCGAGUCGAUUCUCUUACGGGUUUCGAAUGGCUAGAGUUCGACUUUCUUGGUGCGAUUGUGCACUAUUGUCGGGAAGCACGUUCAGUGAAAAUCCUGAUGAAUGUGUACAUAGAGAAGACUUUACAGAAGUAUAAAAUAACAUUAGGUAAGCCGGUGUGGUCUCCAAAUUUCGACGAGUCUGCUUUGCUUGAGGAGGGGCUUAAGCUAGCAGCCGGGUUUCCAUUGCGUGAGAUUGUUGGCGCACUGCUUUGGAUAUCGACAACCGCAAGGCCAGAUAUUUGCGUCCCUGUGGCGACAUUGGCUCGGUAUGUCAGUAAGCCCGUUACAGAAAGAAUUGCAAAAGCCUGUAGAAAAGUAUUAAAGUAUCUAGCUACGACAAAAGACCAAGGACUCUAUUAUUCUCCAGAAAGUGAGGAAGAAUUCAACGGAAUUUACAAGAAGCUCCUACCAGAAGGAAGAGAGCUACCGUAUACUAACUGGUUCUCAGAUGCAGGAUUCGCAAACUGCAUAAAGAGCAUGCGCUCGACCAGUGGUUCGAUUAUGUACUAUCGGGGCUUUCCAAUCUGUUGGAAACGCAAUACACAAACCGUGCGUGCAUAUUCAACUGCAGAGUCAGAGUAUAUAGCCGCGUCGGACACUAUUGUCAUGAGCGAGCUGCAUGAUUUUACAGAUUUCUUCAAUCCCUUACCCACUCAAUUAGUGGAAACGCGGUUUGGUAUAUCGCCAUCCCUCGAUGAUGCCAUAUUGUGGAUAGACAACCAGUCUGCAAUCUCGACAGCAAAGAGUGAAGACACGAAGCCUAAGAGUAGACACUAUGCGUUACGUUAUUUACGAGUUAGAGACGCAGCUGAGAAAGUAGUUUUCUGUCCUACUCACCUCAUGAAAGCUGAUGGACUAACGAAACUUUCAUGCUCAUCUACUCAACGCAGAUUAUUAUUACAUCACAUAGAGAAUCCAGUAAUUAGCCGUAACCAUGAUGAAGAUGAUAGUGACUCGGAAACGGAAGAUGAUGAGUCUGGUUCAAGUUCUGCUUCCGUGGCGGUGCUUACCUAUUCUAUCUUCUUAGGGUGUUAGGUCGUUGGUCAAGUGGUGACGUCAGUGGAUAUAGAGAAUCGUGAUGGUUCUGGGUCAGAGCAGGUAACACCAGACCGUUUGUGACUUUCGUCAUUUCCUCACCUAGCGAUUGAGGAGGGGUGUUGGUCAAUGGUCAUUACUGGCUCAAGAUCCAAUGAAUGAACCUGAUUUCAAUGCCAAAUGACUGCUCUCACUCGUCACCUUGAUCAUGAUCAAUGCCGUUCCUUGUCUUGAACUCAUGUUAGUUCCUCGAAUGAUCAUCACUUGAACUCAAUGAGUCCCAACAUGAAUUAGCAGCAAGAUCUCCCAGAUCUUUAACUGCACUAUGACCCUUCAUGAUAUCCCAAUGACAUUGGACCCAUUCUGAUACCAUUUCAGGGCCUUAAACAGUCAGUGAUCAUUCGGCAAGUCCGUUCUGAUCGUCUUUCCGUUACAUUGCAACGAUAAUCAUUCCAUUUACUCUCAAGAGCCUCAUAGUGCGCUUGGACGUGUUCGGGUGUUCCAACAACUAGAGACUCGUGGUAUAAUUAGGAACUUACGUAGUUGUGGGAAAAAAAAUCAAAAUUUUGAAGACCUGUUUGAGGAAAUCCAUCACAAUGAAAAACUCCCACCUCCCUGCUACAUCUCCCGCUACACCUCUAUCUUUAACCAAGCGGCCCGUCAGUGUGUGCGACAACUCCGGUUACAUCCUGUCCUAAGUGGGCACUGGCUUGGAUUAGUCGACAGCCUCGAACAACUAUCAAGA